AUCUGCAGUUCGAUUUGGAGAACCCCCAUCGCAAACCAUGGAUUUUACUUUAAAACCGGUUUCUUCUACAUAAUCUAAAAUAUCCAAAAUAAUUUUACUGAGUUGAGUACCACAAACGGCGUUAUGUGAAACAUAGUAAGCGACAGGUUGUCUCCAAUUAUACUGCAUGAAAACAUGAAAACUAAAACAUGAUUACCCGCCUGCACGCUUCGGCCGUGUUCAGCUAAAUAUGUAAAUCCCUCAACAUAAACUUUUUUAGAAUUGUAAUCUAAGCGUUUUUUGAUGCUCAUCUCAUCCCACAUUAAAUCACAUUCGCGUUCUUUUGAAGACAUCGCGUCAGCUUUUAACAAUUUAGAUAAAUUUUCAGAUUUUCCCGUAGCUAAAUCUAUUUCAUUAACCCAUUUCCUAAUAUUUGUUACGCAAGGGAGAGCAAAAUUCUAUUAUUUACGUAAAAAACAAUAAGCUUUAGGAGAUGUAUAAAACAACUGUAAAGCAAAUUGUUUUUCCUUGUCUGUCCAUUUACGUUUUUUGAUAUGAUUAGUCUGCAUUUUAAAAAGGUUUAAUUGUUUUUCAUUUAAUUUUUCAAAUUGUUCAAUAAAAUCUAAAGUUUCAUUAUUUUUUUCGAUUGUUUUACUUAAAUUAACGAUUUUUUUGUUUUUACUUUUCAAAACUUUUUGGUAAUUUACGAUUUUAUAUUUAUGUUUUUUAGUUGAGCUUUAGCGGCUAUUUGUACUAAUUUUACAGAUUUCUUGCAGUUUUCGUCUAUUUGAAGUAAUUGUUUUUUUUAAGUUAGUGACUUCUUCUUCUAACUUUUGUUUUGAAUUCAUAUAAGCAUGAGUUGAAGUUUGAUUUUGGAACAGUUUGCUGUUAUUAAUUAUACUUGAAUUAUACUUCGCGUGCAUUUGUCGAAGAAGAAGCGCGUAUAGUUGAACGAACAUGUUGGCUCAUUUAAAUCGAUCAAUCUUGGCUCUCCAUUAACUAAUUGUGACAAAUCUGAAUUUAAUAAAGUAUCAUCAAGUAAACUAUCAUCAAUUGGUUCAUCGAUUUCAUGAGUAACAUGUUCAUUUAUGUUUUGAGAGCCUUCUGGAACUGUACAUAACACAAAUGCUUUUGGGGUUGCAGAAGUCUUAAGUUUUCUCGUACCUGCUUUAUUAGUAUUCAUCACAUUAUCAUCUGCGAAAUGUGAUGAACAGAUACGCUUGUUGUCUAACUGCUGCUUAGUCAAAUCUACCAAACUUGCGUUGCUUUUUCGUAGAAUCCAUUCGGAACGUCUAUAAAUUUCGGCUGGUUAAAAACUAGAUAUACAGAGCUACAAGCUAAAAAUAAUCCAUGCUAGACGGCAAUUCACAUUGGGUACAUAAUCUCUACGUUAUUUUACGUUAGAUUAUAAAAUAAUCGCGACUGUAGAAAAAAAUAAUAGAAGUUGUUUCACUAACCAUUUAUUUAAUUACUUUUUCUUCAAAAAAUUAACAAAUUAUAUAUUAUAUAUUGGAUAAAAUCAAUUCCUUGGUAGAAAUGCUCCGCAUUAGUUGAGCAAUACAUGGGGAAUUUUCAAAGUUGAAACGUAAGACUGCUUAUUUAAUUAUUGACAAAAAAAAAAAAAAAAACUAAGUAUGUAAGCAUCUAUAUUUUGCAUAAGUUAGCAUAAUCACAAGUUAAUAUUAAAUUAAAUUAGAUUGUUCCUGUUCAGUAAAACAACCCCAUUUUAUUAACAUAUUCGCCAACGAAAAUUGUGAAAUUACUGCCAGGGUUGAAAAAUAGUUGUGUAAUUUAUUUAGUUUAAAUUUACAAAAGGGUUGUAUGGGAUACAAAAUAAAUUUUGUUUGUACUUGAAUAUUUUCCAAAAAAUACUAAUAUAAAAAGAGAAUACAUGAAUAUAUAGAUAUUUAUGUAUAUAUCAAUAAACAAUUGCUCGUACAACUUUGUGUAUGAACAGUUGUAGAAUAAGAUUUUAAAUAUAGUAUGUUGCUCAAUAUUUGCAGAGAUCAUGAAUAAUUAAAAUAAGCCGACUGUGCAAUUUUUUAAUGAUUAGAAAUUAUAAAUGAUUAUUAUAAUAAAAAUACAAUAAAUAAUUCAGUAAAACGUGAAAAGACAAACGAGUAUGAACUAUUGAUGAAGAAACAAAAUAUUCUUACAAAAGUCAUCGUCACAUGCAUCAUACAAAACGUAAAAAUCAAUUCAAUGCAAUCUUAAUUACCUGCUUAAUCAAACGUGAUAAUGAAUUUAAAAAAAUUACAUCUAAAUAAAAUCUCACUUGCUCAUCAAAACCAAAAAUUAAUAAGUUAAAAAUAAAAAUCCAAAACCAUCACUAUUUUUGGUAAAAAAAAAUUUGUCGUUAUAAAUGUUUACAAAGAUUUUAUCGACUUUUUACCUUGAAGGAACUCAAAUUAUUUGUUUAUUUCCGCAAUUUUCUUUUAAUUUAGCUACAUCUGAAACUUUUACUGAUGCCCUGGUAUAUAGGAUAUAUAGGAUUUAAUAGGAUCAAUCGUUUUAUAUAGAUAAAUUUCCGAUUAAGAUUUACAAUUAGAACUGAUUAUAUUCUUCUAAAUCGGAUUUAAUGAGUUAUUUUUACCAGGGUGUAUAAAGAUUUUCAUGAAUUUGGGAUGUUUUUAUAACCUCCGAUUACUGAAUUUUCACAUUUAUUAACUCUAACAACACCCAUGACAAACAGAUUUAUCGUAUCUCAUCACGCGGAAAUCUGUGAAAGGUCAAAUCAGGAUUUUUUGCCUUUGAUGUUCCACAAUCGGUGUAGACACAAAGUGCACGUGGAGACGACAUGCUGACCACGAAAUCUUCUUCGCUAAACACAAUAAACCUAUCUGAAAAAUCUCACGAAACUAGAACGAUGUACUUCCCUAUUUACUACUAUUAUUUAACGCUAUUUGUUGCAAAAGAACUCUGUAGACUGUGAACAAGAAUGACUAACAAACACAGAGACUGCGGCAAAGCUCUCUUCGCGCUGUUUACGCGGCUUUUUUCCUAAUCAGAAAAAUAUGGUUGUCACAAGCAAUACUUUUGUAGAGCCUCCUUACACACUCAUUAAUCAUUUUCUUAUCAUUUAUUUAUUUUCAUUAUUGUUAAAAAGUAUAUUUUACAUAAUAUACUGCGUGAAUGAUGAAUCGUCUGCUGGUGCGUGCUCAUAUGCGCGACAAGCUGAAGGAAACUCAUAGGUGGCGCCGCUGAGCGGUUGGGUAACAGAACUAACGGCCUGUUACCCAAGCUUUCGUCCCCCCAUCUUAACACAGAACCGUUCUUCUAUAGGAAGUCUAUAUUCGUUGCUAUUAUACUAUUACAAUACUAUAAUCCACGUAUAAAUAUUAUGCACAUAACAGUAUUAGGAUUAGAAUCAGAAUUUUUCAUUUAAAUGAAGAUAUUCGUAUAGCAAUUUAUUAACUUUAUCUACAAUUUAUUUUUUCUACAAUCAAUAGAUACUUUUGCCUUCAUUCAACAACAAUAAUUACUGAUAACAGGUCCCUCUACACGAUGAUCCGCUACAAAAACCUCGUAUCUCAAAAGCCACUUCGAAAACCUGUAUCUCGAAAGCCGAUUUGGAGACCUCGUAUCUGAUGAUCCGCUUUGAAAAGCGUGUACCUCAAAAUCCACUUCGUAAACCCCGUCUUCGAAGAUCUGAUUUAAAAAUCCUUUGUCUCAAAAUCCACUUAAAAAGGCACAAAAAUUCGAGCUGAUUUACAGUUUUAUGAAUAGUUUACUUAAAUUUUGUCAGAAUAUUCGACCGCGUCUAUUUAGCAAAAAUAGAAGAAACUAGAGCGUCACGCGCGGCCUGAUGGUCGCGGUGGCUUACCGCCUUCCAUCGCUUCACGAAGCGUUUUGCGUUUAAGGCAUGACGUCUGACGCUCGCUCUUUACGCUCGCUAUCUAGCGUUUGGGUUGGUUAUCUACUCAAUAAACCGUUUUUGAGGAUUUGUUUUUCGUUAAAGCAUUACGAAAAGAUAUUUGUUACAGUAAAUAGUUGUGUUUUGAAAAUAUCUACAACUUUUACAUUUAACAUUUUUAUAUAAAACGUACAACCGCAAAGUUUUAUUGUAAAGAAUUGAUUUUUUUGCUGUAGAAAAACGAUUUUGUGCUGUUAACUCGAGUUAUAAGCAUUUUUAUGAUUUGUUUCAAUCAUUAUAUGUUAUUGUUUCGUAGAUGCCAAAUAUAAAAUUACAAAGUUCGGAUGGCGAGGUAUUCGAGGUGGAUGUUGAUAUAGCAAAAUGUUCUGUAACUAUUAAAACCAUGCUAGAAGACUUGGGUAUGGAUGAAGAUGAAGAAGAAGUUGUUCCUCUGCCAAAUGUAAAUUCUGCCAUUCUCCGAAAAGUAAUUCAGUGGGCAACUUAUCACAAAGACGAUCCUCCACCUCCCGAAGAUGACGAAAAUAAAGAAAAGCGUACUGAUGAUAUAAGUUCUUGGGAUGCAGAUUUUCUAAAGGUUGAUCAGGGUACUUUAUUUGAACUAAUAUUAGCAGCAAAUUACUUAGAUAUUAAAGGACUUCUGGAUGUUACUUGCAAAACUGUAGCUAAUAUGAUAAAAGGAAAGACUCCAGAAGAAAUUCGUAAAACUUUUAAUAUUAAAAAUGAUUUUACAGCUUCCGAAGAAGAACAAGUACGUAAAGAAAAUGAAUGGUGCGAGGAAAAGUAAUUUAAGGCUUUUAUCGCCUUACAAUUAUAUCUUCUAGAAUCUAUAACAUUUUUAAAUUAUUUAAGCCACUAUAACUAAGUAAUUACUUAUCAUUUCGCAACUUUUAUAUGUAUCAAGUUGUUGUCCAAUAAAAAAACUUAAAAAUUAAAAAUAAA